AAUUUUAGCUUGGAGGCAUGCCACCGGCAGCUUUAGCUAGAGGCCGGCUGAAGUUAUGCAGGACAGCUGUCAGCCGGCAUGCUGGGUGGGGCCUAUUUAGCCGGUACGGGCAGCAGUCUGAAGACCCUAAGCUUGGUCUUUCUGCCCCACGACUGUCAACGGCACCGGCCACAGGGCUCGGAUCUCCUCCCGAAGGUGCCCCAGCCCCACAAUGAUGUCUGAAGAGCACACGGAUCUGGAGGCACGGAUCAUCAAGGACAUUCACUGCAAGGAGAUAGACUUGGUGAACCGCGACCCGAAGAACAUCAAUGAGGACAUUGUGAAGGUGGACUUUGAAGACGUGAUCGCAGAGCCUGAGGGCACCUACAGCUUCGACGGUGUGUGGAAGGUGAGCUUCACCACUUUCACCGUCUCCAAGUACUGGUGCUACCGCCUGCUCUCCACGCUGUUGGGUGUGCCACUGGCCCUGCUCUGGGGUUUCCUGUUCGCCUGUAUCUCCUUCUGCCACAUCUGGGCCGUGGUGCCCUGCAUUAAGAGCUACCUGAUCGAGAUCCAGUGCAUCAGCCACAUCUACUCACUGUGUAUCCGCACCUUCUGCAACCCGCUCUUCACUGCCUUGGGCCAGGUCUGCAGCAACAUCAAGGUGGCGCUGCGAAGGGAAGGCUAAAAGUCAGGCUGGGCUAUGGGGAAGGCUGGGCAUGGGGCGUAGGGCCUGGGUGAGCACCAAGGCUCUGCUUCACGUGGGCUGCUGGAGAGCUCAUUCUUUUGGGGGUUCCUCUAAAUCUUACCUCACGAUGGGAACGCAUGGCUCAGAGGAGCCAGAAGGAAAAG